AGCUACAGUUUUCCAUAUCCUUUGACUUCUCUGUUAAAUUUCCUCGCGGAAAAUUUUUCCUAUGGAUAAAGUAAAACUCCGAAGGCAGGACUGCGCAGCUUGGGAGAUACUCGUGUUUCAGUUCAUUACUAUGGUUUCUGUGGAUGUUUCAGACAACGAAAUGGCGUUGCUCGGUCGCAAACUACUUGAGAUUGUGAAUGAUCAGUUUUAUCAUAUUCAAACUUCAAAAACUGUGGAAGAACCUGAUAGUGCUGUGCAUUUGAUCAAUAGAUACUGCUUGGAUGUGGAAGCAAUCUUAUCGGAGCUUGCACACAACACGGAUCUUCCAUCUUACUUGGCGGUGGAUCUGAUGGCGAAGAAUGUGCUGUUACAAUAUAUAUUUUAUCAGCCAUGUGUUUUCUAG